AUCAACAGCUUAGAUACCUGCUUAAUUUGACUUAUUUUAAAACUGGCAUUUUUAAUCUCACUGCUAGCACAACCAAUCAGAAGCUCUGGGCUGCUGAACUGCAGAAGACUAUAUCAAGAGAUUACAAGUAUGUGCUGCUGGCUUCUGAGCAGUUGGUGGGUGUCUGCCUUUUUGUGUUCAUCAGGCCCCAGCAUGCUCCUUUUAUCAGGGGUGUUGCUGUUGAUACUGUAAAGACUGGCAUGGGAGGAGCCACUGGUAACAAAGGUGCAGUAGCUAUUCGAAUGUUGUUUCAUACAUCCAGUCUUUGCUUUGUCUGCAGUCAUUUUGCUGCAGGGCAAUCACAAGUUAAAGAGAGAAAUGAAGACUUCGUAGAAAUAGCUCGCAAGCUCAGUUUUCCAAUGGGAAGAAUGCUUUUUUCCCAUGACUAUAUCUUUUGGUGUGGUGACUUUAAUUAUCGAAUAGAUAUUCCAAAUGAGGAGGUUAAGGACCUAAUACGACAACAGAACUGGGAUUCCCUUAUAGCAGGAGACCAACUUAUCAAUCAGAAAAAUUCUGGACAGAUUUUUAGGGGAUUUUUGGAAGGGAAAAUAAAUUUUGCUCCUACAUACAAAUAUGAUCUGUUUUCUGAUGACUAUGACACCAGUGAAAAAUGUCGCACACCGGCAUGGACAGAUCGUAUUCUUUGGAGAAGAAGAAAAUGGCCUUUUGACCGAUCAGCUGAAGACCUGGAUCUUCUGAAUGCUAGUUUUCAUGAUGACAGUAAUGUUCCUUAUACGUGGAAUCCUGGAACUUUGUUGCACUAUGGAAGAGCAGAGCUGAAAACAUCUGAUCAUAGGCCUGUGGUUGCAUUGAUCGACAUUGACAUAUUUGAAAUUGAAGCAGAAGAGAGACAAAAAGUUUACAAGGAAGUGAUUGCAAUGCAAGGACCACCUGAUGGGACUGUAAUGGUCUCCAUCAGAAGUUCUUCAGCAGAAGAAAACUAUUUUGAUGAUAACUUGAUUGAUGAUCUUCUUCAAAAAUUUGCAAGCUAUGGUGAAGUUAUACUUAUAAGGUUUGUGGAAGACAAGAUGUGGGUAACAUUUUUGGAAGGAAGCUCUGCUUUGAAUGUUAUGAAUUUGAAUGGUACUGAGCUACUAGGAAGAAUUAUAAACAUAAGCUUGAAAAAUCCAGAUUGGAUCAGAAGUUUGGAAGAUGAAAUGAAUCUAGAGAAGAUUAAUAUUGGGCUGCCUUCAUCAACAAGCUCCACUUUGCUUUGUGAAGAUGCUGAGGUUACUGCAGACUAUGAUAUGGAAGGAGACAUAGAUGAUUAUAGUGCUGAAGUAGAAGAAAUCCUUCCUCAGCAUCUACAGCCAACUUCCAGCUCUGGUCUUGGAACCUCUCCAAGCUCUUCGCCGCGCUCCAGUCCCUGUCAAUCCCCUACGCUGUCAGAUGGACCUACGCUCCCAGUGAGACCGAGCCGAGCACCAGCAAAAACACCCGGACCACCUGUUUCCACCCACACUGAAUUUCAGCUUGGUACCCAGCAGAAAGAGUCUUCUCAGAGCUUGGAGCCUAAACGUCCUCCACCACCUCGCCCCGUUGCUCCUCCUGCACGCCCCACUCCACCACAGAGGCCUCCUCCACCAUCAGGCGGUAGGAGUCCUGCACCUGCUAGAAAAGAAUUUGGAGGUCUUGGAGCCCCUCCCAGUCCUGGGGUAGCUAGGAGAGAAGUAGAAGCACAAAAAAGUCCUGGAACACAAAGAAAGGAUAACUUAGUUCGUAAUCAGCCUCCACCUUCAACUGGAAUUUCAAGUGCAGGAACCGCUGGAUAUGGUACAACCAGACCGACUGUCCCACCCCGAGCUGGAGUUAUUAGUGCACCACAAAGCCAUGUCCGUCCCUCUGGGGGAAGACCAGCACCUGAAACUCAAACCAAACCACCUGAACCACCAAGGGGCUCACCAUUGCUUCCUGAACCACUAAAGCCUCAGGCUGCUGCACCUCCUCAGCCCACCACUCAGCCACCGCCUGUGCUAAAGAUGCAGGAGCCUCUCAUACCUGUGGCAUCACAUCCAUCUCAGACAAGUGCCCCACAAAGUCUGGAACCCCCACAACCACCUCCCCGUAGCCGAUCAUCUCACACUUUGCCUUCUGAAUCUGCUCCUUCACAGCAGCAAAUUAAAUCAAACGGAACGUAUGGCACUAAACUUGAAACACAGUUAAACAGUGACCCUUUUGAAGAUUUGUCAUUUAAGCUGCUUGUGUCCAAGAUGCAGACGCCUGUUCGAACAUCACCUGUUCCGACUUUAAACGAAAAGGAGUUGCUACAGUUGCCUUCAGCAACACAAAGAAACGCUGAUACUUUGAACACUGUAAAUUGCAUGCCAGCAAUGCCUCCUGUUCCAACCUUUAACACAUCCCAGGAACAUAAGCGCAGCUCUCCAAAUCCAUUUAUUACUGGGCUGAACUGCACAAAUCCAUUCACUGAAAGAACUCCUACUGCUGGAAACCCGUUUAGAAUGGAAACGCAAGAGCCUGAAAUAACUUCACAUUUACUAGAAGGACGUGCUGCUUGCAAUCCUUUCCCUUCUCUAAAUCCCCUCAGUUGUAAUACAAGCAAGCCUGUAUUUUCUGUUGAUGCAUCUGAAAACACUUUUUGCUUGCGAAGUAAAUCUCUCAUGGUAAAAAAUGUACAGCCAAAAGGAUGGGUAACGUUUGAUGAGGAGGAGAAUUUAAAUGUAAAGCUAAAGCCAUCUAAAAGUGUUCCAGAUUUCAAGCAAAUUGGUUCCAGGAAGUCAGCUGGAUCUCCAGAUUUGCUGGGCACUGAACAAAAUACUUUUCUUGGUUCAGACUUCAACUUUGAUAAUGACUGGAAUAAAAGUUCUACUGAUUGCUUCUAUACCAUGCCAGCACGACGACCACCUGCACCUCCUAUACCUUCAAGAAUAACCAGCAACAGAUCCCCCGCAGAUCCUUUCACUUCUUUGCCACCUAAGGUGUCACCAACACAAGAUUUUACAGAAAGAUAGAUGUUCAAAAAUAUAAGAGGUUGUAUUUGUUGCUACAUUUAUCCAAAUUGGGCAUU